AAGAACGAUUGCCUUUCAGUACAUCCUGAGACAUUUUCCGGCAAUUACACGCCAGUGGAAUCGCACAAGUGACUGUAGUUUUAUACAGAAAAAGUUAGCAUACAAAUUUAAAAAGAAAAGUUACACAAUAACAUGAAUAAUAUCGACUCCCAAUUGGGAAUCACAGAUGAAAUUGUGAAAAUUAACCUCACUGAUUCACUGGGACACAGUGCAUCCCCGCUGAGUCAUGUCUCUUUUCUUUCAAACAAUAAGAAAAACACUUCAGGAGCAUCAGCCACAGUCUCAUCGUCCUCCCCAAUCCUGCCAGCCUCCGCUCUCAUCUCUCAGCCCUCCGCGUCUCCAUCCUCCGCAGCGUCGUCCCUGUCCUCGCUGCCUCUGCCGCUGAUCUCCUCGCAGGUACAUCAGGGACAUCAAAGCAUCCACUCACCCUUACCUCAGCAGGAAAACGACUUCCGCUCCGUGGCAAAUCGGAAUAUCUGGGCCACUGACGCGUCUCCAGGAGAUGACUUGAGGCACACUUCACAUCUUUGUGACUUGUCACAGAAGAGAUUUCCUCCUCGGGAGUCACCACGGGAAGUCUUGGCAGAAUCGACGGCGGGAGAGGGAGAAUUGAUUCUAUUGUGGGACGCGUGGUUGAAGUCAAGAUGCAAAGGCGUUCUCAGCGACCGAUCGUCAUUCUUCGACAUUCCCGUGGCCUCGCCGCAUCCUUACUGCUACAGAUUUUCCACCACUCCGCAUCUCGUGAAGAGGGAACCUGUCGAGGGAUGGCACUCCUCAUAUUCAGACCGUCUCUUCACGGAUCAGAUUUACAGUAAUAUGAAAUCAGUUGUGACGCAGACCGUGUGCGGAUCUCAAGGAAUCUCCACCAGCCAUCCCUCAAUCUACCCCGAUUCCACGUCCCACAUCAACCAUACUCCUAUUGUGUCCUCCGGGAGUCACCAUCAUCACCUAGCGGAGUCUUCACAGCACGGCUACCAGCAGAACUACGGGCUGCGCUCAACAUCGGACACCUCUGCAGCCGUCACGUCCACGGAGCCCGACUACAUCUCAUGCGGAGGCUCCAGCAAUAACUCCCCAGCAAUAGCCGCCAUCCACCAGUCGAACACGGCCAUCCACCAGAGACGCGGAUCCCUGCAGCUCUGGCAGUUCCUCGUGGCGCUCUUGGACGAGCCCACCGCGAGCGCAGGAUGCAUCGCGUGGACAGGGCGAGGGAUGGAAUUCAAACUGGUGGAGCCGGAAGAAGUGGCGCGAAGGUGGGGCAUUCAGAAGAAUCGCCCCGCAAUGAACUACGACAAAUUGUCGCGCAGUCUGAGGUAUUACUACGAGAAGGGAAUCAUGCAGAAAGUGGCAGGUGAGAGGUACGUUUACAAGUUUGUCUGUGAUCCUGAAGCCCUGUUUAAUAUGGCGUAUGGCUCAAAUGUUGCUGGGAAUGCGGACCCUCCGAGCACUCCUCUCACCCUGGCUCCUCGCAACGAUUCCACUCAUGUACAGAACGGACUUCCAACGACUACAGACACCGCCACAACACCCUGA